UGUGAGAGCAUUUGGAGAGGGAGAUUGGACUCUCCACACUCUCGGUCGUACCAGGGCGUUUGGGGGCAUCCCAUAAAAUUAAGGGGUCAAAUUUAGUCUAGUAGUUUUGUGUUCAGCUGUUUCGAAAAUCUGACCUGCGAAUGUCCCCCCUACGUUUCGUAUUGAAGUUGAAGUUAGGUAAUUGUUUCAGGGAAUGCUAAGUGAGAUUCUGUGAUUUUGGUCAUUCUGAGGUCGUAUCUGAGUAUUAUUUAUUUCAAGAGGCAUUGAUGCAGUAUUUUUAAACUUUGAAUGCUUUUCAAAUGAACGUUCUUUUAGAAUGAAGGAGAAAAUGCCAUUCUUUUGUUCAUUGAGGUUGUACAAAACUGUAAAAUUAUGUAAACACGCACACUCUCUGAGCGGCAAAAAUACUCAUCAAGGUUGCUGGUGAAAGGUUGGCUCUGACGGCAUUUUCAUCAAAGUUAGCAUACAAUUCUAGAUCUUGGGUAACCAAGACAUUUAAAUAGUUUCCCACUGACGACUAUCAAUAAAGAAUUAUUUGUUGUACGUGUGUUUUACAUUAUCUCACUGAUGGACUACUUUCCCUUGGAGUUAUAUGUUGAUGCACUGCUAUCUCAUUCUCGAAGUCGAGCAGGAUAUUACCACAAAGCUAAUCCAUCUUGGUUUAGACCUCUUUCCAAAACAUUACGUCGUCUUCAAAAAGUUCUUCACUCAAUUUCAUUUUAGGUAGUGUUUAGUCCGUUAAGAACUAAGGUGCUUUCGCGUUGCUUUUAUUAAUAUCAGUCUUGGUUCUAAAGAGGAAUUCUGUCUGUUUUCUUGGUUUAGAUUAUUGACAUAUUGCUCAAUAGACUCCCAUUAUGACGUGCCAAAAAUGACGCCUAGCUUAGCUCUCUAUGGAUUUUCUGUUAGCUCUGGUUUACAAAGAUAUGGCGUAAAGUUGUCAUAAAAAAUUGUGCUACAGAAAAAUGGCACACUAUCAAACUUAAUGACAGGUCCAGUUCUCCAAAGCAACAUAUGUCUCACGAGCUUUUAAAAUCUUUUAUUAAAUCAAUAAAUUCUCACAGCUCCCUUACUUUUAGGAGUCUCAAUUUUCGGGUGGACUUAUAGACGUUGCAGCUUUCCAGAAGUCCGUGCUCAUUUUGAUCAGCAAUCAAGUUCAGCUUUAUACUUUGGCUUUAAUCUACACCGUUUAAGGUAAUAAUAACCGCUGCAUAAACCGAAGUUAAAUUCAUAUUUGCAACCUGGUAGUUGAACGUCAAGUGUUUUAAUUCACUUCAUAAUUGUUAAGUGCAUGCCCCCUAACGCCCUGAAACAGUAGAGAGUAAGGAGAGUCCGCUUUCCCUCUCGAAAUGCUCUCACACGGCCACACAUACAGCCUCUGCCAGGGAAGCCUACUCACUGUCUUCUCGUGGCGGGGCUGUUUGCGAAAUUGAGAGGACGAAAAGCUGAACUCCUUCGCUUUAACCGGACCGGUGGACACGGUGAGUUCACCUGGGGGAUUCGGUAAACCCUGAUUCCAAACCAAUGGUGCACAUAGGCUCCAGUACUCUGAAGAGACAAAUGGCGUAUGAACUAAUUGUUGGUCACCGGGUUCCAUGGGACUGCAUCUCCUCACGAUGCUCCAAUGCUUUGUGGAUCAGACCUUUAGGUCAAAGGCUGCGGGUGUGGCCUCCUAAGAAAACCACCUGCUUCGGUGUGGGCACCCGGGCAGUAUCACAGCCCUCACACAGUAUGACGCAUAUGUAUCUGGUGCCCCCUUGUACCAACAUUUCUGUUCAGAUACAAUAAAUCUUAAGUGCAUAAUGAUCCUAAGACUUAUUCAGCCAUGUACCGUCAGGUAUUAAGGAUGGGUCAUUUGGAUCUAAUUACUAAUUUACCUGUUUAGCACUACAUAUUUUUUCUGGUUAAUCAUUAUAAUAAUUUGUGAAAUAAUGUUAUCAACCGAGUUGUAAUCCACAACCACCUCAAUUUAUGCAAACUGGGUUCCUUUUGCAUACAUUUUUCUACUUCAAACUUGAAAGCGACUGUGUGAAGCGUUUGUGCUAGCAUCCGAUUUAACGGAGAAAGAUUCCGUGGUGGACUGUAUCGAUUGGACCACAUGGAUUAAUAGUCAAGUUGCUAGCAAUGAUAGUGUGAGUAAUAAACUGAACUAAAUGAUACACUUGACUGAGUCUGAACGUAUGUGGGCAGUUGUUACUUUUCGGUAGCUAACGCCUUGGAAAUAAAUCUCUUGAUGUAUCUAAAGAGGCUUGAUUGGUGGCCCUGAUGGCCUGGGAACGUGACUGAUGACUCAACGAAACAGCUACUUGAGAUCGGUUACAUACUAUCUUCGUUGUGGGAGCUGUUAGAUAUGUUAGCUCCGUACUCCUAAACCAUGGGCACCCGCACCAUAAAUCUUUGUGGUGAGGUGGGAUGCUCAAUUUUUUUAGUUGACAUUCUUAACCCCAUUAUAUUUUAAUAAUUCAAGAUAUACUAGCCAUCCACUAAAAAUGCUUUGCUUCUGGUUGGAUUCCAGUAUAGUUGGCAGUAAAACGUUGCCACCGGACUCUACGUUUUAUAUUUUUGAUCUGCUUGCUAUUCGACUGACGUAUCCGGGACAAUAAAACGUGAAGGAACAAUCGUUUCCGUCUAUAUAACCUAAUCUUGUCAUCACGGUAGGUUAGCUCGACCUCCAAGUUAAAAUAGCAGUUACGUUUGAAAAUCACCAAUGAGGGACUCUGGCAUCUGUAGUAUUUUUAAGCACUUCCUUCGUGUGGUUGCUCGGUGGACAUAAAUUGGUCAGUUUCUUAUUAUGGAAUUUCCUUGUAAUUUAGCAUUUCUGAACUUACUAUUGUAUUGAAGAGAAUAGGUAACUCAAAAUAUUCACAGUAAAUGUUAGUGACAGUUAUGUAUUAGCACUAACUUUCAACCUAACUUGUAAUAAAUCAGCCUAGUUUUAUUUGGUCGUUUGAAAGGAACAUUAAAUAUUGGUAUUUUGGAAGUGGUAUAUCAAGUUAAAAAUUUGUUUACUUCCAUGCUUUAUAAAUAUUUACUUCUUCCUUAAAUUCUAGUUUCAGCUCAUGGAAAAACCACCUCUCAGCAGCUCUUCGUUGGGAUUUCCAAUAGGUGUAAUAAAAAUUCCGAUGUCGUUGUCUGGUCUUACUGAGAUGGAUGUUAAUGGUUUGCCCAGAUUACCCGUGUCAGUGACAUGCUAUGCAAGGUUUCGUCGAUUAUUACACAUCAAACAUCAUAACUUAUGUCAAUAUCUCGAUGUUGUCAGAGAGAAGGGAGAAGUACUAUCAGUUGUCUAAAAUAUAUAAUCGUCCCAAGAGACAUGAAUUUCAUCCUCAAUUAUUCAGUUUGGAGGAUAGCAAAAAUAAUAUUUUAAAAGCUUAUAAUUUUAUUAACAGUAUUGAAAAUUUAUCGGAACUUUAUUACUAUUGGAUGUUAACCGGUGGUAAAACUCAUGCCACAUUGAAAGGUCACACAGAUUCAAAAAGUAUUAUUGAUAAUUAUCAUCAUAACAGUUCUAAACAAGAAUCAAUAAAAGAAAAAGAAGCAUUAAUUGGUGCAAAUUCUCAAUCUCCAAUCUUGAAAAUUCCACAUUAUCUUGCUAUAGUACAAUCGAAUACUACACGUGCAAUAUCUUCAAAAGAACAAUGGCCACUAGGUGAAAUGCCACAACCACGUACAUUUCGGUUCCAAAUCACACCACUUCCCAAUGAAUGCUUUAUUGAACGUAUAUCGCAUACGUCUCUUCAUAAUUUAUAUCCUCUAUUAAUUUGUCAAGACUUAAAAAUUAGUUCCAUAGGAAAUUCAAAUGUUUGUUCUGCCCUGUACUCAGUUAAUAAUAAUAGUACUAAUUAUGUUAAUACUUCAUCUAACAGUUCAAUACCAAAUGAAUGUUCACCAGUGAUUCCUAAUUCACCAUUGUUUGAAGUAACUGAAAAACGUUCGGAUUUUUUAGAUUCACUAUGCAAAAAGGAUUUAACCUGUAUUACUGGUAUUGAUUGGAGUAUGCCAUUUACAAACAGUCAGUAUGAAUCAAUAUCACAACAACCAUUGUCAGUUAGGGAAACUGAUGUAGAUUAUCAAAUUUAUCGCACACGUUUAUUUACACGGAUAAUUAAUGGACUACCCGCAACUAAACAAUAUCUUCGUUUAGAAGCUCGUAAAGAUAUACCACCAUUUUUACGUUGGAAGGUUUGGGCUGCUUUACUCGAUGUUUAUCCUAAUCGGGAUUUUGAAUCAGCUUACUUGAAGGCAUUACAUAAAAUCAACAAGUUUGGCUUGGACGUAACACCUACAAAUGAAUUGAAUAGCAAUGAACAGUAUAAUAAUAAUAACAAUAAUAAUAAUAAUAAUAAUAAUAAUGACUUUAGCUGUGAUCUCUUAGAUGAAAAAGUCAUUAAUCAAAUAUCAGUUGAUUUGCCACGUUGUCAUGCUUAUGAUCCGUUGUUGGCAUCAUCUAUUGGGCAAUCUGUACUUCGUCGUGUUCUGCUAGCGACUUUAUUAAUGAAACCUGGUGCAUUGGAUUAUACUCAGGGUAUGGAUUCUGUAGCUGCUGUAUUUGUGCGUAUAUGUUAUCCAGAUGAAGCGCUGGCUGCUGCUUGUUUAAAUGCUUUUUUGUCAACAAAGCUACCAGGAUUUUUCUCUUCUGGUGGUCUCACUGUUGGUUUAAAAUCAUAUUUCAAUACCCUUCUACGAUUGUUAGCAUUUCAUGUACCUCGAUUAGCUGUUCGACUGGUUGAUAUUAAUGUACCUUUGAUUGGAUUGACUACCGGUUGGAUUUAUACGUUAUUUGCUCAUGCUAUGCCAUUGGAUCGUAUAGAAUUACUAUGGGAUACGAUAAUACCUGGUCCAGCUUCAUUGUCAAUGUUUUUCUAUAUUGCAUUUUUUAUUCAGUUAGACAGACAAAUAAAUCUUGAGUUGUUAGGACUAGAAAAGAUUUGUACAAUUUUGUCGAAUUUUCCCGAUAUUAAUUUGGAUAAAUGUAGAACGGAUGCUUUAAAAUUAGCAUUGGCUACACCUCGAAGCCUAACAACUUGGUCGAUUCCCAAUAGACAGUAUUUAAAUCAGAAAUGUAUGGAAAAUAAGGAAUUAAAAGUUGAACACGUGAAUUUCAAACGAAACGAAUCAUCAGCUUCUGAUUUCUAUGAACGUUUAACAUCACAGAAUGCAUGGCCAGAUCAUUUAGAAUAUGAUUUCACAGAAUCAUUAGAAUACUCUGAUAUCGAUGUUGCAUCAAAUGUUUGUGAAAAGCUAAAUAUAUCGUCUAAUGCUUUUAAAUUAGUCCCAUUGCUCAGUGUUAAAGAUGCCGUGGUGCAUAUCAAACGUCCGGAUUGUCUAGUUUUAGAUGUUCGUAAUAUCAAAGAAUAUAAUAAAUUUCAUUUGCCUAACAGUAUUCAUUGUGAGGUUUCCAGAUCAGUAAUGCUAGAUUCUUCAUCAAUAGGAGUUAAAGAAAACAAUGAUAUAUCUUCAACUACCACUGACUAUAACAAUACUUUUGCUCCAGAAAACUGGGAAGUGAUUGAUUAUCCAAGUGGCAAUCGUAAUCGACCACAAAUCAUACCAGAGUUUUUAGCCUUUCUUAUAAAUCAAAAACUCUGGCAUCAAACAACACAAGCUAGACGGUUAUUAAGUAUUAAAUCAAGUCAAGGUGUCACUAAGGAACCAGUCAAUACAGUAACACCAUCUUCACCUGGGCUCCUAAUUGUAUGUGGCAACGACGAGCGUCUAUGUUGGGAUUUGGCUUUUUGGCUCAUAAAAUGUGAUAUUGAUCGUGUUUGUAUACUUUUCAGUAGUAACGACAGUAUAUCAAACUUCAUAAACUCAUGUUCUCAAUAGUUUCUUGUUUUAUCAUCUCUUCCUCUCAAGAUUGUUAUUUUCAUACCUCUUCAUUCCUUUGGUUUCUGUUUAGUAUCAGGAUACAGUUUUAAGUUCUGUCUGUUAAAUGACGUCAAUAUUUUUUUCUUUUUCAAUAUCUUAUCAAAAUAUUUUUGAUUUUGUAAUAUGUGAUUAGACGACUGUUGCUAAUAACCAGUAAUUUGUAGUUUUCUGAAUUUCCUUUAUAUCUUAACCGUCAUUUAUAUGUAUCUAAUACUUUUCAGCAUCACAAACUUGUUUUAUUUAUAUUUUGUAAAUUCUAAUCAAAAGUGGCUGGGUUGUCUAGUGAGAAAUCAAUAAAAAUAUUUAUAGCACCUUA